ACAACAACACGCAGGUGGUCUACGGGCUGGUGCAGUGCAGAAGGGAUUUGGCGCCCAGCGCCUGCACCCGAUGUCUCAACGGCCUAUUAGGGAACAUGACUGCAAAGCUGCCUAACAAUACCGGUGGCACCAUGACGAGGUUCAGCUGUAUCAUCAGAUACAACCUGAAUUUCUUCGAAGUCAGCAUUCCUGCUCCAGCCAGUUCAAAGCGCAACAAAAGGCUACUGAUCAUCGUUGCUUGUUCAGUCUUGUGUCUGCUCAUGAGUGUUUCUGCGGUAUGGCUCUUCUCGCACCGGCUGGGUAAAAGGAUCGACGAGACAGAAGAAGAAGACUUGUUUGAUGAUGAGGCAAUGGCAGACGAAUUCCGGAAAGGGACAGGACCCAAGCGAUUUCGCUAUAACGAGCUGGCAAACGCCACUGGUAACUUUGCAGACAGCGGAAAGCUUGGGGAAGGAGGUUUCGGGUCAGUAUACAAAGGAUUCUUUAAGGACAUAAACCUUGAUGUCGCGAUAAAAAGAGUAUCCAAGAGCUCAAAACAGGGGAGGAAGGAGUACAUCUCUGAAGUGAGGAUCAUAAGCCGUCUUCGGCACCGCAACCUGGUGCAGCUCAUCGGCUGGUGCCAUGGUGGCGGGGAGCUCCUUCUUGUCUAUGAGCUGAUGCCUAAAGGCAGUCUUGACACUCAUCUUUACAAUAAAGAGGAUAUACUGACAUGGUCGGUCAGGCAUCAGAUUGUGCUAGGGAUCGGUUCCGCACUUCUGUACUUACACCAAGACUGGGAGCAAUGUGUGUUGCACAGGGACAUCAAGCCUAGCAACGUGAUGCUCGACGCAUCCUUCAGUGCAAAACUCGGCGAUUUCGGCCUCGCGAGGCUCGUCGACCAUUGCCAUGGGUCGCACACCACAGAGCUCGCCGGCACAAUGGGGUAUAUGGACCCAGACUGCAUGGUUACUGGCAGGGCUAGCGCCGAGUCCGACAUCUACAGCUUCGGCGUAGUCCUACUUGAGGUUGCCUGCGGGCGAAGGCCCGUUGUAGUUUUGUUGGACGGCACCGUGGUCCACUUGGCACAACGGGUGUCAGAGCUGAACGACCAAGGAAGGGCCCUUGAUGCGGCCGACCUGCGGCUAAAGGGGGAGUUCGACAUCCAAGAGAUGGAGCGUGUGAUAGCCGUUGGACUUUGGUGUACACGCCAUGCCCCGAGCUUGAGACCGUCCAUCAGGCAGGCAGUCAACGUACUAAGGUUUGAGGCUCCACUUCCAAUCCUCCCAGCAAGGGGGCCGUUGCCGGUUGGCUAACCAGGUUCUCUUCUUCGAGGUUUUGCUUGUGUCUGAUCGAACCAUACCUCCACUCAACACCCAAGUUGUUAGAUUCUAGGUAUUUGGAUAGACCAAUCACCACUGGCCGUGUACAUAGAUAGGCUUUUUUUUUUAAUUCUCAUCAGGUGAAACUCCCCUUCUCCAUUUGAAAUGGAAAUGAAACCCCUUUGUCUUCCAAACAACCUCUCGUUAAUUUACGGGUCUAAAAGCAAUGAAGCUUAAGGAAGAUGAAGAACUCAGACUAGCAGAGGAAUAACCAACAUCAACAUAUGUACUAAAGGAUUCAGUCCUUCCUCGAGGAACUGUCUCAG